AUGUAUACCCAGAAUUUUGGUUCUCCUGGUAAGAAUUCUCCGCCCAUUGACAUGAUCCCAGCAACGACUGAGAGCGGUACAAAGAAUGUGCCGAGCAGCGUGAGCCAUCUGACGGAUUUUGCCUGCAUGUUACUUGCUUGUGCCUCUCUCAACGCUACUACCUCUUUCAAGGUCAUUAACAUCGAUUCCAAGGGCCCGCAUGUUCGCCUCUACAUCCUGUCGGUAUACGGAUAG